GAGGUACCUGCAGGAAAUCUUCUGAUAUCAACAUCAAUUGUACUAUCAGGGUCCAUUCCAAGUAAAGCUCUCAGAAUGUUUGAAUUCAUGAAUGUUCAAGCUCCAAAACUGUCAACAUUUUACAAUCAUCAAAAGUGCUAUAUACAUCCUGGAAUUUUUCAUAUUUGGAAGAAUUUCACAAAUUCUUAUGUAGAAUAUGUGAAGCAACAAGGAAAUCCACUGGCUCUGGGUGGAGAUGGCCGAGCUGACAGCCCUGGACACUCUGCAAAAUAUGGGGCUUAUUCAGUGAUAGAUCUAGAUGAGGGGCUAAUUGUGCACAUAGAGCUUGUUCAGUCAAAUGAAGUCAAAAGUAGUUCCCACAUGGAAUUAGAAGGUUUGAUUAGAACAAUGGCUUAUUUUUGUGAUAUGGAGGUAGAAAUAGGCACAUUAGUAACUGAUCGGCAUGUCCAAGUCAACAAGUGGGUUCGAGAGAACUUGCCGAAUACACGUCAUGAAUUUGAUGUAUGGCAUGUAGCUAAAGGCUUAAAGAAAAAGCUUCUAUCAUUGUCCAAAGAGAGGGAGUGUAGCAUUGUUGUAGAAUGGAUCAAAAGCAUGACUAAUCAUCUAUACUGGGUAGCUGCCUCAUCCCCAGGAGGAAGCCCACAGCUGAUGCUCGAAAAGUGGCAUUCUCUUGGAAAUCAUCUCCAAAAUGUACAUGAAGGUCAUGGAGAAUUAUACCCAAAGUGCAGCCAUGGAAAUUUAGAGGGACGAGAGAGAAAAAAACAUUGGUUCAAAUCAAGUACAAAGGCAUGUGAAAAGGUACUGGAAAUCAUCCAUUCAAAACAGUUACAAAAAGAUGUUCCAAAAUUAUCAACAGGACACCAGACUUCAGAUCUAGAAGCUUAUCAUUCUGUUGUCAACCACUUUGCCCCUAAAAUGUACCAUUUUUCAUACCAGGGGAUGCUAAGCAGACUAAUCCUCUCUGCCUUGCAUUUUAAUGAAAAUGGCAGAAAACCCCAAGACGAAACACAGGAGGGAAAAGCUAGGUACAAAAUAACCUUUCCUAAAUUUAAGAAAGGUGGAUAUACUGUGAGAGAAGUAAAAUCACAAAGUACUUACGAAUAUGCAGAAACAAUAAUGGACACAACCUUUAAAAUUAGUGAAAAGGUAAAAAUGAAUAGUGAGAUAUGUGCCAAGAUGACUGUAGUUCCUCCUCCGCCAUUGUGCCAUGAGUAUUCUCAUCCCGUGAAAGAAGCAGCAGUAUUGGAAAAAUCUAGUAGGUUCAAUCAGCAAAAUUAA